CAAGCGGCUAAGGACACCUGUUAAAUCUGGUAAAUGGCAGCGAUUGUACUGUGCAAGGCAACAGAACUGUACAACAUAUUGAACCAAUCCACAAAGUUCUCCAGAUUGGCAGAGCCUAAUUAUUUAUGUCUUUUGGAUGCACGUUCCAAGCGAGAGUACAAUGAGGGUCACAUUAUAACUGCAAAAUGGAUAAAGCAGAAAGAUGGAAAAUACCUGUUGCCAGAGUCUAUAGAGCUUGACUGCUUUAAGUUCUGUGUGGUGUAUGAUGGAAAUACAAGUUCAAUAGGAGGAGAUGGUCCAGCUAUAUUAUGUGCCAUGGUUAUGGCUCAGGUUUGUCAUUACCCAGUCCUGGUGCUACAAGGUGGCUAUGAGAUGUUUUCAGCUUGUUACCACUUCUUCAGGAGUCAGAAGGUAUUUUGGAUGCCGCAGGAAAUUGAUGAUUUUCAGCCAUAUCCUAUUGAAAUCAUACCUGGUUUGCUUUACUUGGGGGACAGCCGACAAGCUAGGGACCGCCACAUUCAAAAGGAUCUGAAGAUUAAAUUUCAAAUCAAUCUAUCUCUGGAUCCAGAAAAUAUGUUUAAAUUUCCACAUAUUGAUGUUCUUGACAUUCCGGUUGCAGAUGCCAGUGAUUCCAAUAUUAUUACAUUUUUUCCAGAUAUUUGUAAAUUUAUAGAAUCUCACAUGGCUCCCACUAUGGCGGUUUUGGUUGUCUCAAAACUGGGGAUCAGUCGCAGCAGUGCAAUACUCAUAGCAUAUCUCAUGUACCACCAUAAGUACGCAUUACAGGAGGCAUGGACACACCUUUUAAAAUGUAAACCCAACAUGAGGCCAAACAGAGGAUUUGUGGAGCAGCUUUCUAAAUGGGAGAAAACCAUCAUAGGACAGCAAGUCACAGACAUAUCAGAUCCUAAAUUUUGAUUACAUUUUUUUUACACAUAUUAUUACCCCAUUAUAUGCUUUAAUCUGUUUUAAAAGGAUAUAAAACCCAAAAAUGUUCUUUUGGUUUUAAGACAAUUUAAAAAAAGUUUCCAAUUUGCUUCUAUUAUUAAAUUUGCUUUGUUCCCAAGGUACACUUUGUUGAAGAGAUAUCUAGGUAGGUCUCUGGAACACUUCAUGACAGGAAAUAGUGCUGCCAUCUAGUUUUCUUGCAAAACUGCUGUCAUUUAGUGCUCCAGACAUGAGCUUACGUCCCUGCUUUUCAACAAAAGAUACCAAGAGACCAAAUACAUUUUGAUAAUAGAAGUAAAUUAGAAAGUGGUUUAAAAUGUCAUGGUUAAUCCAAAUCAUGACAGAAAGAGUUUGGGUUUUAUGUCCCUUUAAGAAUUGAAUUCUUCCUAGUAUUUGGUGCUUCAGCUCUACCAUAUCUAAUGACACACCAUUAUAUUAUAUAUCUACCACUGUUUUUGUAAAGGAACAUAUUGGAAAUACAAACUUCAAAAAAGAACAACUGUAUUGAGAGAGAUAUGCUAAUACACAGGAUAAUACUCAGUUAUGUAUUCCAAUGUGUUUGUCACUUCUGAACAGUUAUAAAAAAAUAUUUGUUACAUACCAAUAAAUAUAAUAUGUAAUUACAAUAAAUAACAUGUUGUAUAUAUUUAACGU